AUGGCAUUCCUCUGUCCCGUACGCAUUCGUCGUGGGAAAAAGAAGAAACGUAACGAUAUCGAUAAGGAUCUAUCGAGCAGCUUAGGGCUGAACCAUGGCAUGGGCCGGAUUACCGGAUCCGCCAGCAUCGAAACGCUCGUGCGUGUGGGGAUCGAAAAGGAGCACGGUCUCAGCCCGGACAGCAAGAUGGUUGUGCUGCAUGACUUUACUCCCUGCGUGGACGACGAGUUGGAAGUGAAACGGGGCCAAAUAGUGAACAUACUGUAUCGCGAAAAUGACUGGGUAUACGUGAUCGGACAGGACACACGACAGGAAGGCUUCAUACCGCACUCGUACUGUGCACCGUUCAACACACAGCUAGCCGAUCUAGCGAUCAAGAAGAAGCUACCGCGCGAUAUCGCCCCGGAGCGACCGGUAACCGACGGAAUGCCCGACAUCAGCAUGGACGUGCUGGACGACAGCACUGGUCCGGGCCUGCUUACGAACGCGCUGAAGCACUCGCAGGCGAGUCUCAGCUCUGAGCCCGACUUCUUGCCAUUUGCCAAGGAUCCAAGCGGUCGGUACAUUGUGCUGUACACGUUUAUCGCCCGCGACGAGAAUGAUGUGUCGGUCGAACGAGGAGAGUUUGUAACCGUGCUGAACCGUGAGGAUCCCGAAUGGUUCUGGAUCGUGCGGAGCGACGGUCAGGAGGGUUUCAUUCCGUCCGGGUUUGUCUACCCGGCGGAGAAUAUAUUACAGGGUCAUGCCGGCAAACAGCAGCAGCAACAACAACAACAGGGAGGUGGCGGUCAACAUCAACAGCAGCAGGCUCAGCAUCAGCAGCAGGCACAGCAACAGCAGCACCAGCAACAACCUGGCAUUGGAUCAGACGACCUACGGUACCACGGCACGGAGUUAGUAAUGCUCUACGAUUAUAAGGCACAAGCACCAGAUGAUCUUAGUGUACGAAGAGGUGACUGGAUCUAUGCGGACCUCAACAACCAAACUGUCGACGGAUGGUUAUGGGCUUACGCACCGAAAACCCGCAAAUAUGGUUUCAUUCCCAAAGCAUACGCCCGUCCGCCUGCCAUGACGAGUCUGUAG